GGGAUCAUUGACAUCCUUCUCCGGGCGCCUUCGCAUGUCUGCGAGCGAACCUCUAGAUGCCUCCAACCGGGUCGGUGGACAGGCUUUCAUCCCUAAAGUCUACAUCCCCUUUUGACCCCCGACCCUACCCCGAUACUCGGCUGCAAAGCUCGCGGAAGCUAUCCUGAGCGAAUUGGAUAGCGUGGGCGCCUCGAACGACACCCCGUUUGCGGACCCCGAAGCCGCUAAGACGAUUGUGCUCGCAAUCACCAAGGCCCAUGUCAAUGCAAGGCCUACGAUGUUCAAGACUUACGAUGUCGAACCGGCCUGGAGGGACUUCUUAAUAUGGGAAGUAGCGCGGGCGACCUCGGCCGUGACCACUUUCUUUGAUCCCAUAAGAAUCGGCCGCGACGGGAUUGAAUUCAUCGACGCCGCCUUCGGCUACAACAAUGCCUGUGAGAUCCUACGCCAGGAGGCGGAGAAGGUCGUUCCCGAAAAGCACACAUCUUGCGUCGUCAGCAUCGGUAACGGUCUCAAGGGCGCGAUCGGUAUCAACUCCAAGCCUUUCACGCGUCUCCAGGCCCUCGCCAACUUGGCUACCAGCUCGCGUGCUGUUCACUCCCAAUUGCAGGAAUCCUUUGCAGCCGAGAAGCCGCAAAAGUACUGGAGGUUUGACGAAGACGUGGCCAUUGGAGAGAUCAACAUGACAAUUGGCGGAAGUAGAAAGCCAUCGCUGCACACACACACACACACACACGCAAUCACCUCAACGCGCAUGUUACGAUUUCGGCGAUCAAUAGCUGUGCCGAUCCCCUGAUCGCCGCAAAGCCAGAUCUGCUGACACCGCGAACAAAUGCGUUAAUGAUAC